AUGCUUUCUCUCACUGCUACUGAAGAAAUCCGGGCCCUCACCGAGCAGCUCCGCCAGACCAACAUACCGCCCACAGCGUCCGAGCUUCUCCGGCUGAGCGAGCAGCUCCGUGCCCUGAGCGACCAACUCCGCGAGCUGAGCGAGCAGGCCAGGGCAACUGCAGCCACUGCUUCCAGUCGUCGUCCUUCCAUGUUUCUGGAGCUGGCCCCGAGCACGUCCGAUUCGUACCCUCGCCCACCCAGGGUUGAUUACAGGGCGCCCACUCAGGCCCAGCCGCAUCCGGUGCAGAAUUCCAUCCAGUCUGUCAAGCGCCGUACGUCCAGCCUUAGCAGCGAGGACUCGUCGACUGCAUCUCGGGCCCGUCUUCGCUUCCUCAAGCUCAAUCCCGUCCACUGGGGUGAGCACCUGGAUGAUCACAAGGGCGACUUCCAUGAUGUUGCUGUCGAGUGA